AUGAAUCCCCUUAGAGUUGCUGGAAUCAUGCAUAACCAAUCUUGUUCGUUCCCCGAAGGGUUACGUGCGCAGCUUCUGGCUAGUGUGGAACGCAAUGAUCAAGAUUUCGAUAAGGUGGCAAGCGAAUUUGAGGAAGUGCGGCAACAGCUCUGCUGUGAGGACCCGGGCCUGUCUGUUGGUGAUGUCGGACAGUUAUUCUCUGCCGAAGCGCUCGAACGACAGUGGCGCUUUAUAACGACUGCAACUAAGGAUUCCAACGAGUAUAGAGAGCUAAAAGUCGUCAAGUCAACGGUCAAGAAGUUCGAGUUUGAAGCCCCUUCAAACUACUCUAUUUUUGAUCGCACUUUGGGUGACGAGUUUGCUGCUAUUUAUGCUCACGUUAAGGCUAAACUACCGAGUACGGUGGCAGACGAGCCUAACUCUGAAGAAAGUGGCGAUGAGGUCGCUGAAGUCUUCAGUAGAGACCGCGCUUACGGUACAGAGGAGCCGCUAAAGCGGUCGCCAAAAGUAGCCAAUAGUGCACCGAGGUCCGUUAGCGAUGCAGUGGUGAAAAAUGGUGGAACUAUGGCUAGUUCCUCGCUACAUACGAGGUCAUUGCAGAACCCGAAACUGAUUGAUCAGAUCGGGGCAUCCAAUGCGCCGAACUUGGAGGAUAGAGAGCGUGAUGACGAGUCGAACCACAGGAGAAGAACACCACCUAUCGGCGAACAAGAUGUUGAGAUCGCUAGCGCACACAUGAUGAGGAAAAGUAUGAAAGCAGGGGUGGACAAUGAUGUGGCGAUCCGCUGUUGGCGAGAGAGUCAGAAGCUACCGCGGCCUCCGGGAAGACCAACCAUGAGAGACGAAGAUUUCGUUGGUUGGGAACGAAUGCUAGAGGGGACCGCGAAGGGUAGAGAGGUCAAACAGCGCAAGGAAGAACAUGUGAAGGAAGAGAACCCUUUCAAAUCUGGCAACUGCUUACGUAUGAUUGAGAAAAUGACGGAUCAAGAACGCGCCCGAUACAUUGCUUUCGCAGAGUCCAAGCGGGCUGAAGUGAAUAGGUAA